AUGCCCUACUUAUUCGUCGUGAGACCCUUCAUCCGAUCGUCAUUGAGCGGGAGAAGCUUCAGAGGAUUCUGGAAGAGUCGGUGCUGGAGCCGAGAACCUCCAGAAUUCGGCCAAUGUCAUUCCCGACAACUUCGUUAGACGUUAGCUGUUAUGAUAAUCUUGAGACUGCAGAGCUGGUAAGUAUUUGGAGGAGAAGGUUUACUGUAGCGCCGAACUUUGAAAAGAAAAUGCAGUCAUUGCUUUUCGAAACGUUUGAUAAUCUCUAGCAAGCACGAGACGCUUUUCGAUCAAUAUAAAUUCCAAGAAAUUCCAUCGAAUCCCACAUGCCUUCGUGGCAUGGAAAUAUCUCUUUUUCUCUAUUUCGCAUGCAAAACCAAUAAAAAUGACGGUGCUCCCCAUUCCCCUCUCCGUCAGUUUUUCCAUCGUCGUUUGAAUAGUGUGUGUGUGUGUGGUGGGAACGUGUGCCCUUCUCGGUGUUUCCCUUUCCAUCGCAUUCCAUUUCGGUUUUUUCCUUGGCCGCCCGUUCACCCGCACUUCUCAUUCUUUCUCCUCAGGUUGUCUCCCCCCGCAACGAGACAAUGUCGGCGAGAGCCAUCGCGGCGGCUCGUUCUCGUGGCGGUGGAUCUUCGACGACGACGACGACAAUAACGAACAGUAGCAGCAGUAGCAAAGAUAACGAACGACCGCUGUCGGCGUACGAGGAGUCGGCCGAAGCGACGCGCCAACGGAAUCGACGCAGAGCGAGCGUGGCGGUGAUGCCGAUGAUGGAGCUCGAAUACCGGGAUCGGGUGGUGGCGGGAAGUGCGACGAACAGACGGAGCAGCAAUGGAUCCUCGCGGAAAGAGUGAGUGAACACUUUUCUGGGAGGAUGCGAGGGCGACUUCCGUCGGUUACGGUCGAAAAAGAUUCGUGCCAAGUCACGAAUUUUACUGCUAGUUUAAUACCGUAUCCCCUCCUCAAACCAGCCGAUAUCCCAAUCAGCAGAUUGUGAUUGCACUUUACACAGUCUCAAAGCCCCGCCUUGCUUUAUUUUUCCGAUGACUCACGAGCAUUCAUUCAAUCAGAAUGCAACCCUCGAUGAGAGCACUCAUACCUCCUCACCUAGCAAGCCAACGUUCCUAUUCUGCGCUCAGAAAUGAGGAACCUACGCAAUUUGGUUCAAGUUUCAACUUGAACCGGCAAAUUUCAACAUUUUUGUGAGAAAUUCGUCGAAUUCUUACAAUGAGCGUGUCGAAAAGCGUCUCGCUUACAAUUUUUGUUAAGGCAUUGAAUUCUCAAGUUUCGCUUUCUAGUUUACAUCUAGAUUUCAUCCUGCUCUUUUCCAGAUUCAGUCCGGAUUUCGGAGCCAUCCGAGUGCAAGUGGAGGACAUUACUUCGAUUCCGACGGCAGAAAUGUUGAUGAGCGAGGAUGAGGACGGCGAUCGGACAGGAGGACACCGUCAGGAUCGGUCUUUCGGUGAGUGCUGAUUAUAGAGUGCUGGGGGUUGGGAAAUUGCGGUAAAAUGCGUGAAAAAGUGAGAUAAAUGGGCUGGGAAUUGUGUCAGAGAGGACAUAUUUGACAUGACGCUUCUGAGCUACAACAGUUUCCUUCAUUUUUUGAAAAUCUACUAGGAAGAAGGAGUGUCCAACAUGUUUUUAGCGAAUUUAUUUCUCAUGGUCAACUAUAUAAAUAAGUCCACCGCAAUUUCUCACUUGGCGCUUUCCUUUUUUCUACUACCAAAUGAGACAUGCGGCUUAAUAUGAUGUCUCGGUUGAUGAUGACCAGUAGUAGCCAACUAUUACUAUCGUCCCGCCGAUUCCAUGUGAAAUAGAGCGAGAAGUGAACGAUGGACUUGUCUCUUCUUUGAGGGAGGCGCUGACAAGCAGCGAUGGAGAUGUCGCCGUCCCUCAUUGCCAUUCCUCCUCCUCGCUUCUCAUUGCUUCACACUUCUUCGAGAGUUCCUCUUCCUUCGGGAAUUCCGAAUUCUCAUCUUUCUGCGAAGAAAUGAGGACAAACCGGGCAAAUGUUUGCACCGGACAGGCUGGUCAUCUUCCCUCCAGAUUGUGCACUCCCUCGCAUUUCGUCGUCGUUCGGCCUGUUUGUUUGCUUUUGAUUAGGCGCGAGAUGAUGGCAGGCAGGUGGAAGGACAGGCGGCCAGACGGACCAAUCGACAGACAGAGCUUGUGAUCCACUUGCACUUUUGAUCGCCGUUUCAGAGCAUUCCUUGUUGCGUCUCUUAUUUUCUGUGCUGAUUGUAGGUUAACAGCGCUCGCUUAGAAACCUGCCGUACUUUUUACCCCUUUUCGCACCUUCUCUUACAUACUUCGCAAAGGCUUCACAUUAGUAAAAUUCAUUUAUUUUUCGCACGACCUUUUGAUUAAAAAACACAUGUGAAACUCAGUGUUAUAUCACUUCUGUGACUAGAAUUCUCAUCCUGGGUACUGUAGCGCCUCCGUAAUCGAACGCUUCGCUUCUUCUUCAGAUCUUCAAUCAUAAAUUGCAGGCGAAACAUCAACUGAGACGAUCACCGAGUGCGUUUCGAACGGAACGAUGCUCCAUAACACGAGCGGAGGGGUCGCCGAAUGGGCGGUUCCUGUCGAGUACGCGAGCAGUCCCAUCGCUCAGGAACUGACGCAGAGCGAGGUGGAAGAGGUGAGAGAUUCUGAAUCAUAGUCCGAUCAAAAGAGGCAAACGUUUUAUCAAGGAACGUUUUAAUAAUAAUAAUAUCGGAGAAAAACCGCUGUGGUUCACUCCCAGCAACGGCGGCUGCGGCGGCGGCGGCGGCGGUGUCCAUUCAUUUGAGUGUAACACGUACACAAAGUGCACACACUCACAACUUUUCCUCUUUUUUCCCCUCUCCUCGAUCAGUACGUCCGUCAAAUUUAUCAUGUUCGACCACCCCACUCCACUACCACUCAUUUUUAAUACCACCACCGCCAGCAGCAAGACGAGAAAAGAAGAAAGAGGAUGAGAGAUUGGAAUGAGUCUUUUGUUGUGGGGGAAAAGAGCAGAAGAAAUAGGAGGAUGAUGGCACGAGACGGCCCGUCCUUAUCACUUGUUAUUGUUUGCGAGACACGCACUAUUCUACCUCAUCCGAACUGUAGCUUAUCGGGUUUUAGGAACCUGGAGGUCCUGAGAAGCAAACGUCUUUCCUAUUCUGUGCAGUUCGAUUAUAAACCCACUUAAAAUGUUGAAACCUUACCCCCAUUCUUCUGGUAGUACCUUUCUGGCCAGGCAGACCGUUCUCAUUCGCAUUUUCAUCUUACUCUGUCCUCUCAACCCGUCAUCGUCUUCGUUUUCGUCUUCAUUGAGAAGUCGUUAGAUCCGUUAUUGAAUCGAUCAUUCCCGAAAAGGCUGAACGUCGAAAUUGAAACCCAAAGCCAUCCAUCGUUCUUCCAUCUUUUUUUUCUUUCCCAUUUCUUCUAACCCUCAAUGAAACCAUACCCAAUGACCUCCGCCGUCCGCCCGCCAAUGAGAUGAAUCAAAUGGCAAAUUGGUGUCCCCCCAGACGUUUUUAUUCCCGAAUUCCAUCUGAUCCGAUUGCAGAGACCUCGACCGCCGAUGCCGGUAAUGUACAUGAACACGCCGACGAAGGAUCGCGGCGAAGAGUCCGCCUACUCGGACUUUGUGCUCAAACGCAACUCGUCGACGUCGUCUUCAAUGUCCGGGAAGAGCGUCACACUUCUCGAGCAGAUUAUACGCACUCACGCCGUCUGGUGAGUGUAGUGUUUCUUUCUGUUCAAAAGUUGACACAUUCUGCAGGUACCUUCCCCAUCUCGGCCGCCCAGAAGUGCUCCACUUGCUUCGUCGAAUGGAUCCCGGCAACUUCAUCGUCAGAGCCUCGACCCGUGAAAACUGCAUGGCUCUGUCGGUCCGGUUGGCUCCGGGAGCACACGUUGAAAUCGAUCAUUAUAUCAUCGAGAAGCUCACGAUUCCCACAAAGCCUGCUCUCUCGGCGAUAGACUCGAAAUUGCCUGCCACGUUGACUGCGAAAGUUGUGCGCCUCGAAGGAUCUCCGCUCACAUUCAAAUCACUUCCAAUGCUCAUCGAACAUUACUGUGUCAAUGAGUGAGUUUCUUGUCAGUCAACCCACACUAAUAGUUGUUAUUCGAGCUGCAGAGACGAGCUGGAACACCGUCUACAACUUCCGUCGGCGAUCCGCGCGUGCACAACCACAAAGCAACUUCUGAGCAUCGCAAUGAUGGAACAGGGUUAGUGGGGAGGGGGGCAAUCCGCGCGUGCGCAUAUUGUAGAAAUUAAGUGAGUUUUGAUGAGGAUGAAGGCUUCUGUGCCCCAGAUGUGACUGCUCUUCUCUAUCCUCGAUUUCCCUCUCUUCUCCCUCGAUUUCUCUUCUUUCGUUGUUCUUUUUAUUGCGACGAUUCUUCUGGAGAAACCGGGCGAGCUCCCUUCAUUUAGUGCUCUCUCCGAUCUUUGUCUUCCACCUAGCUCUUUGUUUUUGUUUGGCUUCGCCUCGUUCAAAAUCUUCAAAUACAAUUCUAUUCUCAAAGUAUACAACCGCUCGUUCUAUUGUUGAAAAGUUCCCUCCAGGAGGCACGCAAGUACUUUCUUCAUUCAUCCAUACUGAUGAUGUUUGUGAUAAAAGGAGGAUGAAGUGAACCAUGAACGAAUCAAAUCCAGGAGGGAAACAGAAUUGUGACUGAAGAAAAAUGCGGGAAAAUCUGGAUUCCAUUUCGCUCCUUUCGCUCCUUUCGCCUUCAGUUUUCGAUGCAAAAUUUGCAUCUCGCCGCCUUUUCUUUCUAUUGUUCUCUUCUUCUGGUGACACCACCCGAUCGCACUGUUUCCGCCGCCAUCCCGAUCAUUAUCGCGGCCCUCGCGCGGUAUGUUUUAUUUUAUUUUCGGCCAAUCAUUAUGAUGAUUUUAAUUUCGACGACGACCUCAUCCCAGCAUUUUCAUGAGCUUUCUUUUUGAACAUCCAUGAAUCGUUCCAAGACGAUCCUCUUCACAGUCAGUGAAAAUGGAAAUGUGUAAAGAUCAGAAACCUUGCCCUUUCUUCCGUUGGCUUAGUAAUCCAUCAUAUCCGACUGUUUCUCAUGAAUAUGAUCCCCGAAGCACUUCCGUAUUCAUAGUCACACGUUUCACACCUACAACGCCCUUCAUGUUCAUUUGAUUGACACAAUAGUGCGCGAUAAUCUGGAUAGCUAGUAGCUGGCAGACCAAUUUGCCAAUCCAUCCUAUUAUUACGGUUUGCACGCACUCUCGGUCCGUUAUCCAUUCCGUCCUUGACGUGUUCAUCAUCAUCAUCAUCAUCAUCAUCAUCAGAACUAAAAGGUGUUUGUUUUUCUUCCGAUCGUCCGUUCCGUGCCCAUCCGGUCGUCUCUGUAUCUCUGUCGGUUUAUCUGUUUGUUGUGGUUCGUAGAAGUGGAGGAGAAGAAGAGAGAUAGACGACGUGACGCACUUUCCCCUCGAUACCUAUUCAUACCGUCCGCGCCGGUUUAUUACAGUUUUAGUGUUCCGCGCGUACGGUCACACCGAAAUUUAGUGCGUCGCGCAAUCAUUCUCGACUUGACCACACGUUUAGAUUAGCAGUUUAUUAGGCGGCACGUCUUAAAGAAAGCGGUCGGGAGUCCUUUGAACAAUUCCGUGUUUCUGAUCUUACAAAAGAAGAAAGCAAUAUUGCCUCUUGAUUUUGCCAUCCACUUGAUGUUUUGUUUCAAAACAAACCGCCGUGAUUUUUCCUCCUCCAUCCGACAAGUGCCGUUUUGCGGUUUGCGACCGUGGUCUCACUUGCUCAGGUAUCGGAUGACAUCCUGGCUCUCUUUUGACGACAGUGAAGAAGGAAGGAGAACAGAGUGUGAAAACGUUGAGUCUUUCCUUGAUUGUCCACAAACAUCGCCGUUCUUUUGCUCGUUUUUGAGCCCUAUCGUCGUCAGAAGUUCAACUAAACUGUAUUUGAAAGCAGAUUUCUCGCUUCUAACUCAAAAGAUAUCUAGGUGAAUCAUUCGAUGCCCUCCGUCCGACCUAAAAGUUGGAAUAUUCGUGUCCGAAACGUCUGCGGCAAAGAAAAGAAACCCAUAACUUUUUAUGCGAUUUCGUCCGUCCGAUACGUCCCUUCUGUCCGUGCGGCCCCCGGAAUCCCAAGUUUUCUCGCGCCUCGGCGUCAAUGUUGUCACAUUUCCUCGCAUGUUACACCACCACCACUUCCUUCCGAUGGCAAUUGACGUCGACGUUCUUACAGAAUUCUGGGCUAGUGAAAUGUCAUUGUCGAGAAAGACGACGACGUCGUCUUCGUCACGGAAUUCGAUUGCAUCCUCAUUCCGAAGCAACGGAACUUCUUCUGGAAACAACAAUAACACAAUGCCCAGAUGUCACGGAGCGGCCGGUGAGUACAUGGAACUUUAGGAAAUGUACAAUAUCCCAUUCACUUUCAGAAUCAUCGGAUACAUCAUCGACAUGGUUCAUGCCUCAAAAUGGGGAAGACGACUCGAUAUAUGAUGAGGUGGCAGCCGGUCGCAACGACAAUAGUCAGAUGAAGACGAAGACGGCCGCAGGUAGCUAUUACGCAGUGCACGACUCCAAAAACAACAAUAACACAAACGUGACGAGACGGACGAGUGCGAUGCUUCUAACGCCUGAAAUGGCGAUGGGAGUGAAAGAAAAUGCACAGAAAACGGUAUAAAGGGAAGCAAAUGAUCUUGAACGUUAAGAAUUUUCAGCCGAAAAAGCGACGUUCCUCGUCGCGCGCCUCUUCCUCCUCCAAUUCCCGUUUCGCAACCGUCUGUGUUGGCGAUUUCAUGACUUUCGACGGCCGAACAGGAGUAACUAAGCACGAUUUGGACGAGACGGACAGUGGCUUGAGCACGCAUUCGCCGCCGAGCAAGCACGAUCGAGUCGAUGACGGUACGCGAACUUAUUAUGAAUGUAAUUUUAAUCGGAUUGGAAACUGUUCUUCCACCUCUUCUUCUCUCAUCUAAUCCCCCGGUGGUCAGCUGUGAAGAAGGAUGAUCCAACCUCCGAUUUCACAAUACGGUAGAAGAAGAAAAACGAGAGAACUAGUCUUCUUUUCUCUUUUUUUCCUUCCUACUCUACUUUUUCCUCCUCCAACUGCCGAUGACACUAAUUGUAUUGAAUCGACUCGGGAAGAGGAAGAAGUUACCAUUCUUCUCCUUUUUCUGACCACUUUCCCCCUCUCUCUCUCUUCCUCUUUUUGACACAAAAAAACUGUGGUUUUUCAGUGCACAUCUCUAGAAGUGACCGUCGUUCGCAGUCCGUCAGAUCGCAUAAAAGUGGUGAGUUUCAAUAGAAAUCAGGGAAAGAAUAAUGAGAGACUCCUUAGAAAUAUAUCAAAAUUAGCCCAAUUUCAUCUUGCAUUUCCUCACUCAUUCACACUAAUUUAUGAUCGUUCUCUCUCUCUCUUAUUCUCCAUGAAGACCUCCUGCUGGUAUCCCUUAUUUAUGAACACCGGAUUUUUGGCGUUGUGGGCGGGGCCACACUUCAUUUUGGCCCUUACUAUUGUAGACGUUACAGUAAACGCGUCACCGAAGUCACAACACCACAUUCCCUCGUCGACGAGCAGCACUCUUUCCCGCCCCCGGUCGUUCCUCCGAUCACUUCUCUCGUUCGGAACUUCCAGUAAAGAGCACAAAAGGAAAGAGAGUUGUGAGUUAUUUUUAGGAAGAAUCAGAAACUGAUUGAAGCGUUUUCAGUGGAAAUCGACUCGACACCGCGUCUCGCCAAUUGCGAAUAUUUCACUCCGUGGGACACGAACGGAACGAGUCCGAUUGUCAAGACGUAAGUAUUGGGGAAAGUGCCCUCUAUCAGAUCCUUCCCCCUCACUCGUUCAUUCGAAUGGGAUUAUCAUGAGGUAGUUGGGGCCCACUCGCUCGACUUGCAAUUGAUAAGAACAUUGUGACAGCAUAUGUUGUCAUCGAAAACGAGCCAGGCAGUCGGCGAAUCCCGGAGGAGGGCGAGACGAGAAAGCUAUUAAUUAAGUAGUGACAUGGAUACACAUUGGCCCCACUCGCUGCCUUUGUGUAUAUGAGAAAGUGUUGAUAAGACAGAGAACAAACGAAUAUUGUCCCUUCUCCUUUUUGCGCCCCUUCCGCCUAAAACCCGAAUUUCGAUUCGAGAUUUACGACGAACGGAGGCCGAUGAGCUGGUGCGUGUGUGUGUGUGCGUACGACGAGAUAAAAAGACGAUUUGUUAGUGAUUUGUGACUGGUGAUUCGAAUCACACACACACUCACUUACACACAUUCGAAUUGCCCCCGAAGAAGCCACCAACAGAGUCACACUUGUUGUAUAAACUUUCCGCUGUCGUUUCUGAUUGUUUCAUUACAAAAUCAUGGCGUCAGUGCUAAUUAGCUGGUGCUGGUAAGUAUCUAGGAUUUGAAAAUUUAAUAUAAUGAUUCAUAUGAACUAGGAAGUGAUAGCCAUCGUGCCCUCUCACACUCCGUAACUAGACCAGUGGUUGAGCGUCGGAAAAAGUCCGCGAAAGUCUGUGAUAUUUGAAUAUUAAUAGCUCUACGUAAAAUUUUGAAGAAUAAAACACUUUUCUAUGUCUCCCAACACGCUUUUUUCACACACUGUAGACGAAAAUUCCAAAAAUUUUGUCAUUUCAUCAUAGACCAAUCAAUGUUCGAAAAAUCAAAAUGACAGAAAUCUGUUCCCGUUGAUAGCCAAGAAUUCAAUUAAAAAGAACACAAUAUUCAUCAUUAGCUUCGCCGAUCCAACUCGAUAUUCCUUGCAGUUCCCGAUCCGCAUUCGACAUCACCAAUCCGCCGUCACGUGGCUUUUUCGGCUCCGCAACUCCCAAAAAACGGACGGGUGCGGGUUCGGUGCAGAAUACGGUAAAAUCGACAACCGACAUGUUUGACGACGACAAUUACACGCGUGGCUGGAAGGUUUGUCUCUUCUUUUCUUUUCGUUCUUUUUUGCUUCUGUAGCCGUUCAUCCUUCUCCCACACUCUUUUCACUGGUUUCAAACAACGAUUAUCGUUGGAAGAUCCUCCUUUCUCCUCCUCCUCCUCCAUUUUUUGUUGCUUUUUCUCACUAAACCACCCCUAUUCUAUUCUUCUUCUUCUGAACAUCAUCUUGUACAGGAAGCCGCGUUGGCGGUCGAGAUGACGGCGUCUCCGCAUCACAACAACAAUCAUCUGACAGAUGCGGCGAUGCGCACGUUCAAACCGCCCAACUACGAUGAUGGUAAGAGCUGGUCCCUAGCUGAUCAUUUAAUUUUUUUUUCAAAAGUUGCCUGCUCGUCAAGCCGUUCCCGUCCGUUGGCAAUGCGACGCGAACGCAGUGAUCUCGGACCGUCUCUCGCUUCCAAUGGUGGAAUCAACUUUGGAAUUGUCGGAAAGAGCAACGCACAAAGAUUGGCAUUUCACAACGAGAGCAGUCCCGGACCGGCACACACGCAGUUUGGUGAGAAACCCAUAGGUGCGGGAUAUUUGAGAAACGCCAAAAUAUUCUUCUGACCUGUAAAGUCGGAAAUGCCCAGAUUGCUGUCCCUUAAGGACAUUCCAGCAAUCUGAACAUUUCCGACUCCCCUUCCAGUCGCCUGUCCCUAACUGCCGGCGCGCAAUUCAAAAUACCUAUGGAGAAACCGUUUUAAACCAACUUUUAUUUUACCGCUUCCUGCAGGUCGCGUUCCGAUGACACCUCCGGCGAAUGCGGGCGAUCCUCAAGUGCAGCAGAGUUGUGUAGAAGAGUUGCGACGGAAACGGUAGGCCUUUAUUCCCGUUCCUCCCAGUAAACACUUCUGACGGACUGUCCGAUUGAAAUGGGACUCCCGUUUUGUUGAAUCGAGAAGCCUUUCCUUUCCUUUCUUUGACUGCUUGGCGCUUAUUGACACUAUUAUGCAAAUCUUGUGACCUCUCCCGCCUCCACCCGAAUUCCUCGUUUUGUCCACGAAACAUUUGAAGGUUUGAAGUUUCGAACUUUUCGUAUGUUUCUAUUAAAUUCUGAACAAUAGACUAUCUUGCUCUAGCGUAACGAAAACCUAAGAAGUGCGGUAGAGCAGUAUCAGCAUGUUUACUUUAUGAUAAGUAUUUUGAUAAAGUUCGAAAAGCGUCGCACCUUGUGACUUUUGCAAAACAGAAACAUUCUCUGUCGAUGGCACGUAAAUCUGAACAAAAAGCACCAGAAGAUAGUACUGUUUGUUUUUCCAGAAGACAAACAUGUUCCUGUGCGGUGAGCUUGCGGAGCCCCCUCCCCAUCGGUUAUCAGUCAUCCCUCCGCGCACUGUACUCCCCCUUCCUUUCUGUACACUUUUGAUCUACCGGUCUGCUUCUCUUCGCUAAUUUCGCAAUGUCAACUGACUGAUGAAAUCAUUAUUGAUCCCUCUAGAACCCCGAAAAUCAUGCUGAAAUUCAAAGUUUGCAAAGAGAGCAAGUAAGAUUAUUCAAAGAAUUUAAUACGUUUUUAGUCUUCAAAACCAAAAUACUCUUUUCAGACUUCAAUCUGCCAAUGAAAUGCUCUCGCCGCAGGAUCCGUCAUCCGCAAAACAGGCAUUCGGAGAGGUUCACAGCGCCAACGCAAGUCCACAGAUCUCCAUGAGGUUGUUUAUUUUUGCGUUUAAACCUUCCAAUAACUUUAACAUUUCCAGAAGACGCAACGGAUUCCCAUCUCCAUCCACCCAACACACUGGCUUCUCCAACCGUUACGCCGGAAUCGACCGGAGCCGCGGCGGAGAGCACAGACUGUCCGUGCCGAAUCUGAUGGCGGCCACCGAACCGAUGGUCUCCGGAAGUGUCGGACAAUCGGCGAAAGCGCUUCGGGAAAGACUCGGCGGACGGAACAACGACGGCGAACUGAUGGUGAUAAACGAGGGACUCGUGACUCCGGUUGUGCGGAGGAAAACGUUCGCACCGGCGAUGAAGACCUCACAGGGACAGAUGACGUCCGAUUCGCUGGACGAUGUAGUUGGAGAGGUGUCGAAGCGGAGAGAAGCACUGGAAGCGCUCAUUGACAAGAGAAGACAGCCGUCAGACUCGAUGUCCAGUGGAUCGUCGGACCAUUCCUCACUAGGACGCCGAAAGUGAGUCUUUUUCAACUUGAGAAACCUGAAUAACUGUCAAAAGCCAGUUAAUUUGAAUACUCUAGAUCCCGCUGCUUUUCGCCUUCGUUCGUUGAUGUAAAUCGUAAGCGGAAAGAAGGAACAGUUGCCUCUUUUUCCGCGCGCGCGCUUCCGGCUUCAUCUUCAUCUCACCUUCUUCUUCUUCUUCUCCCUUUGUGUUCUUGCCGACCCAUUUAUUAGUUUCUCUCCUUCGUACUAACAGGUAACGGCGUAGUUAUCACAACAUUUUGGCUGGGUGGCAACAAUAGAAGAUUCUGAUUCUGAAGGUCGCCGUUAGUCAUUGUUAGGUGUUUGCAAAUGAACUUUUUUAAGACUGUGAGUCAUGGAAAGGCUGGUUUUGGGAUGAUCAAGCAAGCCAUCUUACAAUGUUAGUAUUACAUUUUUUAAAGACAAGUCUUGCUUGUUCGAAAAUAGUUCGAAUCCUAAAACUGACCGUUCUCUCCUCCAUUGUCGUUCAUUCAUCCGCAUCGAAACCUAUCCAGACACUGGCUACUGCUGAACCCUCAAGGCCGCACUCCUCGUGCGCACACACAAAUAAAUUUCGUUGUUCGUCUGCUUGGUAUUGAUGGUUCUACGGGGAUAAUUGCCACGUCUGCCCGUGGUUUCGAUUGCCGUACCACCGUCGCACGCACAUUUUUCAUUCAUUUCGACAACAUCCGUCGUCACCUUCUGCUCACGGAUCUAUGAAAUAUUUGUGAGGAAGGCUUAAUUGAAAAUACGAAAUGAAAAGAUGAUUACUGUAUUACACCUAGUCAAUUCUGAGAAUCUCCGACUUUCACACUUUCAAAUUUUGCCAUCUAAAGUGGAUCUUCAAUUUAUAAUAAUUUCCAGUAUCCACUUUCGGCUUCUCUUUUCUCUCCGAAAGCUUUCGUCGGAAAGUGAGAACCUCUCUCCCUGACGAAAAGGUCAUCGAUGAGUGGAAAUGGCCCACUUGAAACUUGCCAAUACUCUUCUUCUUCUUUUUUCAUAAGACACGGGCAUCAUCGCCCCGAAAUGACUCAUCAGCGCUCACAAAUGUUUUAAUCUGACGUGCGCAACCCUUUGUAACCAAUACCGGUGCUCAUGCUCACCCGCAUAUAUUGCGCCAUUAGUCAUAUCCCUCAGCCUCCCGGUAUUUGCUCUUUUUGCACCUUUGCUGAUGCCGAAGAGACCAUCUGACCACCUGUACAGCGCUGUCCCAAGAAGCCUAAUCUCUUUCUGCCAAGACGUUGUCUCCCGUGCACUCGCGCUGACCAUUUUGACCAUUUUUGUUUGCUUUCGCCCUCUCGUCAGUAGUUUUUAUGCGGAAAACAUCAAGGAAUUAGUCAUGUUGUACUUAUUCGAUUAAUUUGAAGAAAUCAGUUUUGGCACAACUUUUUGAUUUUCGAAACAUUUUCUGUCGAAUUACUGACCGGUCUACGCUUCUCUCCCCUUCCUCAAUUUUGUUUUGUUAGUUCUGCUUCAGUCAAAAAUUGAUCUGGUUUGUGUGCUGCCGCUCCUCUCUUCCGCGCGGAAAAAUGGUCUUUUGGCACCGGCACAAUACCUGUGCGCUCUUCACGCAAUCGCGCACACGCAAUAUUGUUUUGUGGCUGCUCUGCCCGUGCUCUUCAAUGCACGGGAUGGUAGAUGCUCUCAAACUCUCUUUUCCGGCUCUCAGUCAGCGGAGAGCACUUUGAUGGAUGCUCACGUGCCCACUCGCGUUCCGUUUUUCCGCAUUAAUUUUUCCACCAUCGUUUCGUUCCGAUCGUCUCCCAUUCUUUCAUCCCAUCCGAUUGUGAAUUGGAUAUUGUGGAUAUGUUGUCUGGUUUUUGCCCACACUGAAUGAACGUCGAUGAUGUUUUCGACGUCGUCGCAGAUUUUAUGGUCUGACUGGUAUCCCCUCAUCCAAAUUACGCAAUCACAUUCGCCAUUGUCUGUAUUGGAAGCAGAUUAGCUCUUCACUUUUUCACUAGAAAUUAUAGUAAUAACAAAACGGCCUACAAGUGAACAAGUUCCUACAAGUUUAAAUUCUGCAAAUUGAUUGUAACCUUAAAGGUUACUGUGUUUCUUUUCUAUAAUUUUAGAGAUCUGCAGACUGCACCUGCGCGGGUAGUGCGUCAGAUUGCGUCAGCUCUUACGUAUACCCAUUUCCCGAACAAAUCUCUCGGUCCAGUACACCUUCCUCAUUCCGACCUCUCUUUAGUUGGUAACAUUUUCCUCAUUUCCUUCCAAAAUCUGCCAAACCCUUUACCCUAAUAGCUUCCGCUCGGUUCUGUUCUGCUCAGAACGCACCUUCCGUACCGCCUGUCCUACCUUCAUUUACCGCACGAGAGAGGAAAUGCACAAUAACAUGACAGGUGUGACUCUUGACUGAUUGCACGCGCACACACUGAACAGAAGGAGGUGGAAUGGGCAAUGUGCGCAGUGAAAGCCGUGCAUAAUGAUGUGCUCAUUUGAUACCCAGACACCACUAAUUUCGACUGUUGUGCACCUGCCAGCCGGUUUGGCACAUUCUCCAACCCUGAGAAGCUCUUUUCAAAAAAGUUUUGCGCUAGCCAUAUAUUGUGAAGGUCAAAAAGCAGUAUUUUCUAAAAAGUUGGUCCCCAGUGGGCACUUUCGGGCUCGCCUCGUCCUCCUACAAAUUAUUAAUAAUGUGUAUAGAUAGUGUAUAGUUGCCCGCUCGCGAGGGUGAGAACUCAGCCUUCUUUUCUUUUUCCAUCGGCUUUUCGGUGGCAGCUCCGCGGCAGAAUAUCACGGGCUCAAAACUUUACACCCAAUUGGCAGCUCUCUAACUGACUUUUGCGCUUCCAGAUGUUCCGCAGCUUCUUCUUCUUCUCAUGUGAUGAUAAUUAGCAUAUUGUGUAUAUACUCGUCGUUCCGAGCCUUCCGAAUUUCGCGAAGAAGACCCAAUUAAUUAUGUGUUGUGUCAUCGAACCCUCACUUUGCCCACCAUUCGCCGUUGCCUCCUCCCGUUUGAUCCACGCGCACUCAAGAGAGAACAGAAGGUAUUGUUCGUGGUCUCACGCUGUGAGAAUCGAGGAAACCUUUUCGGCAACAUGCGUUGUUUUGAAUUAUACGCAUCGUUCUUUCUCUUUCCCUACAGACAGAGAGAUAGAAUUGUCAUUUUCUUCAUGUAGCGAAAGUCGGAUGAGAAUUAGGACGAUUCUCAGAGAAACCUCCUGCUGACUUUUUUUUACUUUUGGGAAACCGAAAGAAACAGUCAGGGUCAGACGUUUGUGAGAAACCGAAAUUCAGUUAGUAAAGUGGUAGCUAGUUCUUGUUAACCUACAGUAUUGUUACGAGAUCCGGUGGUGUCAUCACAAAAAAGUAUCAGAUUACCAAUCAUCCUUCCAGAUGACGCCAUGAAUAUUGCUUCCAUCAUCUUUUCCCGGGAUAAAAAGGAUCAUAAUUAGAAGGAGAGAGCGAGAGGGUGGAUAAUAAUGAUGAAGACAGUUAGCAUUAUUAUGACCUCCCGCGUCCGAUCGGUUUCUCCCGGGCAGGUUGUUCGAUUGCGAGCGGGGCGAGAUAAUACUAAUACCGAGUGACACCUCCUUCUCCAACCAACCCCGCCCCGUUUCUUGCGACCGCAAUAACAAUAUUGUGAACGGAUUGCCCUUGUGUUCGCACCUUGUUGUAGUUCUCGGCAUCCUUUCCUAAUUUUUCUCUUAAACCAGAUGGUGCUACCCGAUCUUCCUGGCAGAUGCUUGAUCAGAAGCAUCAAGUGGAAGCGCAUGGUUUUCGUGUUGUUGCAUGUCCUGAUUGAAGAGUGAAGAGCUUCUUCUCCGAUGCUCAGUGUUGCGAAAUUUGAUCCGAGAUCGUCUUGAAGAUGAUAUCUUUCCGCAUUCAUUCCGCGUCGCUCGUUGCUUUUCACUCCUCCACCAAUGAAUACCGAAAUCGAAUACAUCUCUUGCUCCCAAGUGCCUCCAAACCCCAAACUGGAGAGCAUCUGUGCUCGAAGGAGCAGGUUGUCUAAUCCGUCUUGACGCUUUUCGUAUGUGUCAAUUGUCAUUUGUCGAAGCACUAGGAAAAAUGAGAGGAGCAGAUGAUUGGCAAGGAACAGGAUGAGUAAUUGACGUACAAAUUGCAUUUAUUUUUAUGAAGAGGAGAGAGAGAGAGCCCACACACACACACACACACACACACACACACACACAAUUCUAUCUUGCCUUUCUCUUCAUUUUUUUCGUACAAAGUUAGCUUGAUCUUGAUUUGAUUUGACCAUGAUGAAUUUGACAGAUUCUCAAGUGUGAUUACUAUUUGCUUAUUUCUUCAUUUCACUUCUGUUUUCUUGUUUCUCAUCGAUCAAGGUUGAUGUUAGGAAAGUUAUAACCAGAAAUUUCUACGAAAUCUUGAAUGCCUCAUUUUUUCUCACUAUCAGCUCGAGUCUUUUUACAUGUUCGAAAAAUAAUCUCUUCUACUGAGAGUUGCGGACUUACAGUAUGCCGCAAUUUCGGUUCAAUAGCAAAUAUGAGAUAAGUCAUUGCAAUCAAAACUAGAGAGAACAUAGACAAGAUAAGACAAACUCCCACGUUUUCAUGUUUUCUGCUUUCUCUCAACUUUGCCUGAAGGUCACUCCUCGCUCUCUCGUCCCUAUUAGAAGUACCAUCCUUUCGGACCGACUAGUUUCAUUCGUCUUUGUCAAUACACGCACUGACGUUUGUUCGUUCGUUCGUUCCAUUUGCAUAAUUAGUCGACCUCUUCCACCUCUCCUCCUUCAUCUUUCACCCUUUUCAAUAAAUGAAAGUGUUCCUCCCUUCAUUCAUCUUUGCCCACCAUAUUUUCAAUAGGACAUUCAUCAAUCCCAUCCACUCCACCAACUCGUUUCAUUCCAGAACAUCCGCCUCAUCCCCAUCUGCGGCCCCACAACUCGGAGCCAACUCGUCGACCGAAAGUGAGCUGGUUUGGCGGAGAGCCAAGCACAACGCUCCUUCGAACGCGGCCGCGAAUCGCACAGCUUCUGGCGCUUCACAGCAGUGGUCAGCGGUCAACUUUGAGAUCAAAAAUCGGCAGCAAAAGAUUGCCAAGGUGAGAUUCUUAUGUUUUUCCAUAAAAAUGGUAAAAUAAUGACCGUCUUAUUUCCCCUCUCAAAGCGAACCACGAGGAAAACAAUUUCGGUCUGCCUAAUCCGCAUUUUUUCUCGUGAUGCGCUGUACUUUACCAUUUCAACCUGCUGAUCCUUAUUUUGCUUUCGAUUUGACCUCUUCAUCGUCUUUUCAACGACGACUUCAUGAUGGGCGUGUAAUUACCGUCUUCUACCCCCAUCCGCCAUUUCUCGAAACUGUCAAUCAUUUCUGUUUUUCCACGGAAAAAUACAGUUUUUGUUGUUUUCGGUCCUCGAGCACACUAAUCUUGACAAAACAACCUCCGCCUCCCUCUAGAAUAGCGCCUAAUUCUUUAGUCAAAUAGUCGCCACUUUCUUAUUCUUCUUCUUCACAACUUUCAAAAUUUCCAGGUUCUUCCGACGCCACAACCGCGCGGACAUCAUCACAAUCGGAACAUGUCGAUCGUCGGCGCACCGUCCAUCGUGGAAUGUCAGAGGCAUUCGAGCGACUACGCUCAACUCUGCGACUUUGCAGCCACUGCAUCUAACGGUGAAAAGAGCGGAUUGCAUUUGGAUGUGCAUUCCAGUGAGUUGGAGAAUUUAAAAAGCCUUUUAAUUUCUAAACUUGUAGAAAUCGAAGACGACGCCGUCAGUGUGGCCGGAACCGUGUUCAACGAGCCGUGGGACUCCAACGUCUGGGAAAACCUCCUCGACUUGGCACAUCAUGGCGACGAGUCGGCGAUGGGAUUGAGUGAGUUUAGCAUUUCUUUCAACUUUUAAUAUUCAACUCGUUUAUUUUCAGAAGUCAACGAACCGAUUCAAGAAGAAGACUCUGAUUCCGAUCGAACGGCAGGCGGCGAAUCGAACUGUCUCAUGAUGGAUUCUGACGAAGACGAUGAAGACGACGAGGAUGAGCAGGACAUGUUGCGAUGGCAGCAGACGGAGAAGAGAAGGCCGCUGCCGAGCGACCGAGUGACUGUGAAGGCGUGGGAGCAAGAAUCGGACGGAGGAUCUUCUCGAUUCAAUACUCUCGACAGUCGCACGAACAAUGGAUCCAUCGGUGGAAACACACUCCGUCGCAAUCCAGAAGGCUCUUUCUCGAUCCGCAGUCUCCCUCGUGCUCUUUCCAGAUUCUCGCACUCCCUUGGAAUGAGCGCCGCCGCCUCGUUCGGAUCCAUCGAUGAUCUGCCCACAACUCUUCCGUCUAUGAGUCCACUGCUCAGCGGACGCGCGUCGAGGGCCCAACUCCCGCGCAGUUCGAGCACAGACGAGAAGAUCGGACGAGCGGUGCAGGAGUACGUGGAGCAGUUGGCACAAGUAAGAGAGGGAGACAACGCCUGCUUCGGACUCACUCUCCGACAGUUCGUCGCCUGCACACAAGACACGAAGGAAACGGAUCCGGCAGUGGUGAUCAGAAAUGUGAGACAGUUCAUCAACGGAAUGAAGAACUAUCUGGUGAAGCACGGAGAAGGCGACCUCCACAGGAUCAUCGACGAGGAGAGCGCUCGACUCAACAGCCAUCAGAUUCUCAACAUUGACGCCGUGCUGGAGGCAGUGCUCCACAAACUGCUGCUCCGCGAAAUAAAGCCACUCCUCUACCACGUGAUGGUCAGAGAGCACUCGAAAGCCGGAGCUCUUCAGUUAAUCUCGGUUAACAUCAACGCCGUCCGCAAGAUGAAUCUGACACAGAUGGGAUUUGCCAAUCCGGAGAAUCUCGUCACGCCGCCCACCGCUAUCAUGGAGCAAGUGAAGUUGCUGAUUCGGAAGAUGCAAAGUCACUAUUCGCCGAUGAAAAAGUUGGAGAAUCUGAUGAAAGCCGUUGGUUUAGUGCUCGGAUGUCAGGCGGUCAACAACGGAAAUGAGAAUGAGGAUCCGGCAAACGGUGGGCACAGAGGACUGCCUCCUGGAGAUGGUUAGUUGUUUUCCUUUUUCUAUUCGCAAAACCAGUCGGAUUUCCAGACCUCGUCCGUUGGUUUGUCUACAUUCUGGCCCGCACGUCGACCGUCGGCUGUGAAGUCGAAGCGUGGUACAUGUGGGAACUGCUCCCCCAGCCGAUCGUCACCCAAUCCGACGCCUCCUACUACCUAACGUCGCUCUGGUCGGCCGUUCACGUCCUCAAAAGCGCCGAGGCGAUCCGUCGGCUCUGCGAGAACGACCAACGAGUCGCUCAGCAGCCAAACGAAGGCCGCCAUCUCUGCUCGUCGCCUCUUCUCUCCACUGCCACAUUGACACGUGGCACUUCGGCGGGCCUGGUUCAGGGAAUCUCCGCGGCCACCUGCGACGCUUUCGUGAAGAUUGCGAUUCCUGACGAGGCUAUUGGAUGUGUGCGAUACGCAACGUUCCCCGGAGUGCCGAUGCUGACGACAUCGAAACUGAGCAGACUCGUCGCUCAUCAGCAGGGAAUCACCAAUCCCGAGGAGCACGGAUUGUGAGUUUGAAAGCAUAGCGGGGCCGAGUAAAACUGUUUCUCUUUACAGGUACCUGAUCGCCGACGGAUUCGAAUCCUGUCUCUCGCCGUCCGACUGCCCCGUUCUCGUUCAUGAGCAGCUAGUCAAGGAGAGCAGGCCACACAUGUUCGCCUACAAAAGACACGAGGCGAAAAUCGCGUGGCCUCGUGCAGCGAUCACUUGCUAA